AUUAUGACUCGGGCGAAGAGACUUACCGAGAAUCACCUACUACCCCAGGGCAUGACUCUCUUUGAACUAAGAUCAGUAUAAAUAUCAGUGUCUGCGCUCUACCACCCUCACCACCGUAUGAACCAACCCUGUCUACAGAAGUUGUUGGACAAGUCAAAAAUGAACAGAAUCGUGAUCGCCGCCAUUGCACUUGCUGCGUUAGUUUACAAUGUUCAAGCUGGAGGAGUUCUCCCCAUCGGUGGAUACGGUCUAGGAUAUGGGAUUGGAGGAGGCCGAGGAUUCGGACUAGGUGGUGGAUAUGGAUUUGGGGGUGGACUUGGAUAUGGUUUUGGAGGUGGAUACGGUCUUGGCGGUGGAUACGGUCUUGGCGGUGGAUAUGGUCUUGGCGGUGGAUAUGGUCUUGGUGGUGGAUAUGGACUAGGUGGAUAUGGUGGUUUCCCUGUGUGGGGCAGUGGCUAUUACUAGAUCUAGCUCGAGUUCAAGUUAGGAGAAUACUUUCCAUGACAACUGACUUGUAUCAAUAAAACAAAAACAUUAAAUAAGCUCAUUUUGGUCAA